UCAUUAAUAAAAAAAUCUCUCUGGGCCGGGCCUCUCUUGCAUGUUUAGUUGAACUAGGCAGUUAGUUAUAAAGAAAGCGAGCCAGGAAAGAUGAUAAGUCUAUUAGAUUUCUACCAUGUGAUGACAGCAAUGGUUCCACUGUAUGUGGCCAUGUUACUGGCGUAUGGUUCAGUGAAGUGGUGGAAGAUUUUCACCCCGGACCAGUGCUCCGGAAUCAACCGAUUUGUGGCCCUCUUUGAUGUCCCUCUACUGUCAUUUCACUUCAUAGCAGAGAAUGAUCCCUACACUAUGAACCUGAGGAGGUUCAUCGCAGCCGAUACCCUCCAGAAGCUCAUUGUUCUCGGGGCCCUUGCAGUGUGGGCCAAUUUCAGCAAGAGGGGCAGCCUGGAGUGGUCCAUCACCCUGUUUUCCUUGUCCACCCUGCCCAACACCCUUGGGCGGCAGGACGCUGAUUUCGGUGCUAGUGACGACGUGUUUGGGCCAACCCCCAGGCCUUCUAACCACGAAGACGAGAGUACUAAGGCAAGAUCUCAUUUCUACCCGGCUCCAAACCCUGGCAUGUUUUCGCCUUCAAACAAAGGGGCCAAUAAUCAAGUCAUCACCAAGAAACCCAAUAAUAAUCAUGCACAGCUGCUAAAGGGUGGAGGAGAGGAGGGCGGGAAAGAAGUUCACAUGUUCGUUUGGAGCUCGAGUGGGUCCCCCGUUUCUGAUGUCUUUGGAGGCCGGAACAACCAUGGAAUUGCUCUAGACCAGCCUGCUAAUAAGGAAGUCAGAGUCCACAUUUCCCCCACCAAAGGUAACAAGAAGAUUGAAGGUAUUGAUUACAAGGAGAUGAUGAAAAAUAAAGAUGCAGAAAUGAACAACAAUGACAGAAUUGUUGGAGGUGGGGAAGUCGUGGAAGAGUGGAAAGUGAAGGGCAGCCCUGGCCUCCAACAAGUGUGAUGACAAGGCUUAUAUUAAUCAUGGUUUGGAGAACUCCAGCUUGCUCGGCCUUACUUGGUCCCUCCUCUCAUUCAAAUGGAAUGUAGAACAACAACAACAACAGCCCAGUUAAAUCCAACAAGAGUAGGGUCUGGGGAGGGUGUGUGUACGCAGACCUUGCCCCUACUCGAAAGUAGAGAGGCUGUUUCCAAAGAGACCCCCGGCUCAACAUCGAAAGUUGCAGUGUUUGACUAACUGCUACUUCAUUAAUUAAAGAAGCGCAGAUAGUUUAGAGAUCCAUUUUGAUUUAUUCCAUCACACCCCAAAGCCAAAAAUGGUGAAAUUUUGACUCCAUCGGAGAUGAUGGAAUGUGAAACGAGGGAUAAAUAAAAAUUUCGCUUGACAUUUGAAAAUGACAAUUUCUUAUAAAUAUUAAAUUUACAGAUUCUGGAUCGCGACCCAUUUAAAAAUAUUUUCAGAGUAAUGCGGAAGUACAAUAAUAAUCAAAUCAUGACACAUUUUAAAUCUGAUGAUCAAACAUUUGCCUGCCAUCCUUGCAUCUCCUCUGACUCAAUGCCCUCCGGGAGUGGUUUCAUCAUUGUCUUCUUGUUACCAACGUGUAGUCAACGAAAAAUACAAACUACACGCUCAGCGAAACCGCUGAGUGGUACCACGCUAGAAUUGUAGAAUAAUUCACAGACAUAUACAUAUACAUAUAUAUAUAUGUCCACAAAAAUGUAUAACAAUAUUCCUGAUAUGGCACAUUAUAUCAUAUGGUCAAUUUGAUGAUUCAUGAUGAUAAAUAUUUAAUAAUAAUAACAUGAUGGUACAUUUAAUCAAUUUGUUUAUGAGGAUGAUUACAUGACACCUAUGUAAUCAAUAAUUGUUCUUGAUGAUGAUUACAUGACACCUGUGUAAUCAAUAUAAUUAUUCUUGAUGAUGAUUACAUGAAACCUAUGUAAUCAAUGUACUUGAUGAUGAUAACAUGAUGCAUGAACCUAUAACCCACAAGGGACGACCUUGCCCUAUGAGAUUCGCCCAUUUGGUACGACGAACUCAUGCCACCUUAGUCUCACAAGGGAGACUAGAAAAAUAGGGGUGGUACUCGAAAGCCUGAAUACCAUGUACGUACACUAAGCCCGGUCAGUGAUGUCGGACUGCUAAGUCCCGCACAAUCACAGCUAUAAGAGACGCAAUUACGCAUGAUCUCUUACGCAUGCAUAUGAUAUGAUAUGCUACAAUAUGUGUGAUGAUAUGAGUCAUAUGAUAUGAGCAAUUUGUAAAUAAUAUGAAUGGAUAAAUAUACUUUAUUUUAUUUGGGUGAAAUCUGAUAAAAAUAUCAUUUAAUUAAGCUACGGGGCUCGGAACGGUCGACCGUUUGGCGCGACGGUCGACCUUGAUCUUCAUCAGGUCGGAUUGGCGAUUCACCGU